AUACGAAUAGGGGAGAGAGAAACGGCACUCGUCUCUCUGUGUACAUAUCUCUGUAAGGAAACUUUUGCACCCCAAACGAAAAGAAAGCAAGUGCAACGGCACUUGUUCCUUUCUCUCUGAGUCUCUGUGUGUGUGUGUAUAUAUAUGUGUACAAAUUGGUAGCUGAAAUUUCGUCUCUCUGUCUAGUAGGCAUCCAGGUUCAUGGAUGUGCAAAUGCAGGUUGCCUUUGAUUAAGGGCAUCGCUUCCAAGGCAAGCAAUAAAGGCCGACUAAUGCCUAAUUAGGAAAACAAAGGGGGAGAGAGUUUUUUCGACUGACGAGUGUUGAUGAUGAUGCUGUUCUUCUUGUAAACUCUCUCUCUGCGCUCUCUCUUUGUCCUCUCUUUUUGCUCUCUUUAGUACAACCUCUUCUAGAUCUAGUAUCUCUCUCUCACUACGAAAAGGAUCUCCAUCUCUACCUACUUUCUCUGCAUGUCCAGCUGUGUCUUAUCCACCAUGCUCAGCUGACUGGUCUUCUACAAUUCUAUGAGUCAUAUUAUAGACUUGAAUUAGUUGUUGGUGCGUGAAAGGAGUGUCUCGAGUGACAAUGGCAUCAAAACAUGGAUUGAAAUCUAAAAAGCAAGCAACGAUUAGUUCGAGAGUUGCAAUUUCUCAGUCAUCUUCAACCACAUCCUCCUCAAAGCAGUUUCUGGAAACGUCUAUUGAUGGUCAGAGCUCACCUGCUUCCUCAUCGCCUCGAAGUAAGCCUCAGUACUUUUACUCUGAGAGUGCACAGUUAGAUGCUGAAAGGUCUAAAGAAAAUGUCAUAGUGACGGUCCGCUUCCGUCCAUUAAGUCCAAGGGAUAUUCAUCAAGGAGAGGAGAUAGCGUGGUAUGCAGAUGGAGAUACUAUUGUACGGAGUGAACAUAAUCCAUCGAUGGCAUAUGCAUAUGAUCGAGUUUUUGGCCCUACCACCACAACACGCCAUGUCUAUGAUGUUGCUGCUCAACAUGUUGUCAGUGGUGCAAUGGAAGGCAUAAAUGGUACCAUUUUUGCAUAUGGUGUAACAAGCAGUGGAAAGACGCACACAAUGCAUGGUGAUCAGAGGUCCCCUGGAAUAAUACCAUUGGCGGUGAAGGAUGCUUUUAGUAUUAUCCAGGAGACUCCAAACCGAGAAUUUCUUCUUCGUGUUUCGUACUUGGAAAUUUACAAUGAGGUUGUUAACGACUUGUUAAAUCCAGCAGGGCAGAACUUAAGAAUUAGAGAGGAUGCUCAGGGAACCUUUGUUGAUGGUAUAAAGGAAGAAGUUGUAUUAUCUCCUGCUCAUGCCCUCUCUCUUAUAGCAGCUGGAGAAGAGCACAGGCAUGUUGGUUCUACAAAUUUCAAUUUACUAAGCAGCCGAAGUCAUACAAUAUUUACACUGACAAUUGAGAGUAGCCCAUGCGGUGAAAAUAAUGAAGGAGAAGCCGUAAAUUUAUCGCAACUGAACCUCAUCGAUCUGGCAGGUUCUGAAAGCUCAAAGGCUGAAACAACAGGCGUGAGGCGGAAAGAAGGAUCGUAUAUAAAUAAAAGCUUAUUGGUCCUUGGAACUGUAAUAUCAAAGCUAACGGAUGGGAGGGCCACCCAUAUACCAUACAGGGACUCUAAAUUGACAAGGCUCCUUCAGUAUUCGCUAAGUGGUCGUGGACGUGUAUCUCUUAUUUGCACUGUCACUCCUGCAUCGAGCAGUGCAGAAGAGACACAUAAUACUUUGAAAUUCGCUCACCGUGCAAAACACAUAGAAAUUCAAGCAGCACAGAACAAGAUUAUCGAUGAGAAGUCCCUUAUCAAGAAAUAUCAAAAUGAGAUACGAUCUUUGAAGGAAGAGUUAGAACAAUUAAAGAGGGGCAUUGUGACAGUUCCUCAACGGAAAGAUUUUGGAGAAGAUGAUCUUGUCCUCUUGAAACAGAAGCUAGAAGAUGGUCAAGUCAAGCUGCAUUCAAGAUUGGAACAGGAAGAAGAAGCUAAAGCGGCUCUACUUAGCAGGAUACAACGAUUGACUAAGUUAAUUUUAGUUUCUUCAAAAGCUUCACAAUCAUCUAGAACUCCUCACCGCCCUGGUCUGAGGAGGAGACAUUCCUUUGGAGAAGAAGAGCUUGCAUACCUACCACACAGAAGGCAAGAUUUGAUCGUCCAUGAUGAAAACAUUGACUUGUAUGUUUCUCAUGAAGGGCAUGCUGAAAUGGCAGAAGAUACACAGGAGAAAAAGACCCGGAAAAAUGGAUUUCUAAACUGGUUAAAGCCACUGAAACGGGACAGUAACUCAGAAGCAUUGACAAGCUCCAGUAAUAAGUCAACUGGAGCUAAAUCUAAUAGUACACCUUCAACCCCUCAAGCUGGGAGGAGUAAUCUUCAUGCAGAAUCCAGGCUUUCUAACUCUUUACUUACAGAGAGCACUCCAUCUGUGGAUAUUCUAUCUGAGACUCAACGGGAUAGAGAAGUUCCUGAGGAAAAUUUCCUUGGACAAGAGACACCUUCGACUAGCACAAAAACAAUUGAUCAAAUUGAUCUUCUGAGGGAGCAGCAGGAGAUCUUGUCUGGAGAGGUGGCAUUACACUUGAGUGCUUUGAAGCGAUUGUCUGAGGAAGCUGCAAGAAAUCCCAAAAAAGAACAGAUUCAAGGGGAGAUGAGAAGGUUGACUGAUGAAAUCAAAGUGAAGAAUGAACAAAUUGCUUUGCUAGAAAAGCAAAUUGCUGAUUCCAUCAUGAUUCCACACAACAAAAUGGAUGAAAUAGAAAUGUCACAAUCUUUUGCCGAACUGGUGGCACAGUUGAAUGAGAAGUCCUUUGAACUUGAGGUGAAAGCCGCAGAUAAUCGUAUAAUUCAAGAGCAGCUAAACCAGAAGAUAUGCGAAUGUGAAAGUUUGCAGGAAACAAUUACCUCCUUGAAACAGCAGUUGACAGAUGCCUUAGAGUUGAGAAAUUUUAGCCAUGUUCCAGUACCCAAAGAUACAAAUGAAGAUAUGAUACAACAAGCUCAGGCCACUGAGAUUGAAGAACUGAAGCAUAAACUUGAUGAAUUAACAAUGUCAAGAGAGCAUCUAGAACUUCGAAAUCAGAAACUGGCAGAUGAAAGUUCUUAUGCCAAAGGGCUAGCUUCAGCUGCAGCUGUUGAGCUCAAGGCACUGUCAGAGGAAGUUACCAAACUCAUGAAUCAUAAUGAGAGACUAUCAGCUGAACUAGCAGCACUAAAUAACUCUCCUACUCAGCGUAGAUCCAGCGGUGUUACAGGUGUAGUGAGAAAAGGUAGAAGAGAAACUCACAUCAAAAGACAGGACCAAGCUGGAUCACCUUCAGAUUUCAAGAGAGAAUUGGCCAUGAGUCGGGAGAGAGAGCUUGCGUAUGAAGCUGCUCUUAUAGAGAGGGAUCAAAGAGAGGCUGAGCUUCAAAGGAAGGUUGAGGGGUCCAAGCAAAGAGAAGCUUAUCUGGAAAACGAACUUGCCAACAUGUGGGUUCGUGUGGCACAGUUGAAAGAAUCCCAAGGAGCUGAUACUGAUGAAUCCAGGUAGACCAGUGACUCUGAAUUUAUGGUUUUGCAAUUGAAAUUGGAGGGAGAAAUAAUUUUUUUUAAGUUAGAUGAUUUACGAUGACAAGGUCCUGAUGAUGAAAGUGUGUGAAUUGUGUUUUGCACUGCGAGAAGGGAAUGCUGUGUAAUAUAAUUAGUGCUUUUUUUUUUGGUAGGAUGUGAAUUAUGAGAUA